AUGAUCCCCCCCGAGCCGCCGCAGCAGCCGCUGCAGUCGCCGCCGCCAGCCCCGCCAAACCAUGUGGUGACCACCAUCGAGAACCUACCGGCCGAGGGCAGCGGCGGCGGCAGCGGGAGCCUGUCCGCCUCCUCCCGGGCCAGCGUGAGCCAGAGGAUCCGCAAAGUGCUGAACAGGGAGAUGUUAAUCUCGGUGGCUCUGGGCCAGGUGUUAUCCCUCCUUAUUUGUGGGAUUGGCUUGACCAGCAAGUACCUGUCAGAAGAUUUCCAUGCCAAUACACCAGUCUUCCAGAGUUUCCUCAAUUACAUCCUUCUCUUCUUGGUCUAUACCACCACACUAGCCGUCAGACAAGGAGAAGAAAACCUCCUGGCAAUUUUACGACGACGAUGGUGGAAGUACAUGAUCCUGGGACUCAUAGACCUGGAAGCAAAUUACCUGGUGGUCAAAGCUUACCAGUACACCACCCUGACCAGCAUCCAGCUCCUGGACUGUUUUGUGAUCCCGGUGGUGAUUUUGCUCUCCUGGUUCUUCCUGCUGAUCCGGUAUAAGGCUGUGCAUUUCGUCGGCAUCGUAGUCUGCAUCCUGGGAAUGGGCUGCAUGGCUGGAGCGGAUGUGCUCGUGGGAAGGCAUCAGGGAGCAGGGGAAAAUAAGCUGGUAGGGGACCUUCUGGUCUUAGGAGGAGCCACGCUUUAUGGUAUCUCUAACGUCUGGGAAGAAUACAUCAUCCGAACGCUGAGCCGAGUGGAGUUCCUGGGAAUGAUUGGACUGUUUGGUGCAUUUUUCAGUGGAAUUCAGUUAGCUAUAAUGGAGCACAAGGAGCUGUUAAAGGUGCCCUGGGAUUGGCAAAUAGGACUGCUGUAUGUUGGCUUUAGCGCCUGCAUGUUUGGGCUGUACAGCUUUAUGCCGGUCGUCAUAAAGAAAACCAGUGCCACUUCUGUCAACCUCUCUCUGCUCACAGCAGAUUUGUACAGCCUAUUCUGUGGAUUGUUUCUCUUUCACUACAAGUUUUCAGGACUUUACCUUCUGUCUUUCUUCACCAUCCUCAUCGGGCUGGUGCUCUACUCCUCCACCUCAACGUACAUAGCCCAGGACCCCCGAGUAUACAAGCAGUUCCGCAAUCCUUCGGGACCUGUUGUGGACUUACCAACCACAGCUCAGGUGGAGCCUUCAGUCACCUACACCAGCCUGGGCCAAGAGACAGAAGAGGAGCCCCAUGUCCACGUGGCCUAGGAUGAGGCCCUCCCUGCCUGCUGAGGACAGCUCAGUGGCCACAUGUUCACCCAUCAUCUCUGUAUUGUACAUAGAGAAAGGUAUUUACUAGGUGCAGUUUACACAGGUAGACUGCAAGGUAGCCAAUCGGAAAGCCUGUAAAAGGAACAAGCUAAACGUCACUGGAGACGCAUGCUCCAAUCCACCUAACUUGGGGAGAUGCCUGUCUAGUGUGUAUCCUGAUCACAAACCCCUUGCAUCAAUUACUGUGAAAAGUUUGGAAUCAGAAGCAAGUAUUAUUAUUAUUUGUAUUGUUAGUGUUACUGUUAUUACGCCCGUUUUCAGGAGGAUGUUUUGUACUCCUGAUGGGAACUAUUGCCAGACCCACAUGUAGUUAACGUAACUCCCACUUUUCUAUGGCAAGUCACUUUUUAAGAAUCAUACUUUUUUUUUUUUUGCACAAACUAUCCUUGUGAUGCAUGCCACAGGAACUCCACUCCCAAGAAGUUUCCUUAUCUAGGGACCUGGUGGCUAAUUGUUUCCUCUGUUACCUGUUGGAUUGCCUGCUCAAUACGUAUUUUGUGCUGUGACACUUGUGGGGAGGGGCAACUGACCAUAUAAUUCUCUAUUCUAGGAAUAGAUGUAAAACAAACAUUUUAGCCUUUUUAUAUUUCAAUCUGUGAUUACUCCGGGCUUUUGCCUUUCUGUUGUGCCACGCAAUUCUGCUAAUCAAGUCCCUAUAAUAACAAGAUAAGGAGUAUUCCAUUUCUGUGGUUUAUGGGAAACCUCAGAAAUAAUAUCAUUUGUGUUUAGGAUAAUAUAUAUAUUUUUUAAUCUCUCUUUCCCACCCUGUAUCCUCUCUUCAAAUAUAUACAUACAUAUUCUAUUUUCUUUCUUUUUCUAAUUUUCCUUAGUGAUAAUAUGGAAAUUAACCAAGGCAUUUGAAAAAAACCAGGAUCCUUUCCUCUCUUGAUUAUGUGCCACCGUUUUGAAAUACCCCAGCAUGAAAACGACCUUUUCUGCAAGUAUCUUUGGUUGUGCCGCCUCCUAACAAAGUCAAGGUGCUGAUAUGGAGCAGUCUCUGAAAGUAACUGAUUUGAACACUUUAAAAAGUCUGGCAUUUUGCUCAUAUUUGAUAUCCAUUCAGUCACAGAAUAUAUUAAGACACAGCCUUCUUAUGGAUACAAAAAUAUUACAGGGUCUUGAUAAGGCUUUGAGUCAUACACCACUAGUCUAAUUUUUUUUUUACCUUAAAACAGCUCUUUUUUCAAACACAGGAAAUCAAGAAACACCAAAAACUAACCAAACCCAUUG